ACCAUGUCUACAUAGGGCGACAUAUCGAUUUUGUGUCAUACUUAUCGAACGUGUGGUAGAAUCAGAUGCUAGACGACAGUCAGCGGCUCGAAAAGAUCACCAGAGGGCUUUGGACCCUGAGUGGCCUCGACGCGCUAGCUGGAUCACAUAGUGGCGUCACAGCACAUUGCGAUUUGUGGCAUGAUAAAUAGCUGGCCCAAUUAAAAUGCAUAAACUAACUGAUCCCAGAUCAUUCCACGAUUUAGGGUCAGUCGGAUGUGGUACGAUGCCGCAUUCGCGCAGUUGCCUGAUCUGGCUCGAGGAUUGUGACAUCGUUCCAGAAUCCUCAUCGUACAAAGUAGGCAACCUCGUACCUGAAACAUUCCGAAAGCCGAUCGAACGUUGCAUCAACACCAAGGCCAGUCUACAUUCAUUUCACAUCGCAUCUUCAUAAAAUGCCAAGCAACGAGACUCACCCGAAACCAUCAAAUGACAAUGAUCUUUUGGUCCGCGACUUUGCCGACGUAAAACGUAGCGAUGUAGGCGUCGUCGGUGGUAAAAAUGCUUCUCUUGGAGAAAUGAUAGGUGCUUUGAAGAUCGAGGGAGUGGCCGUUCCCCCUGGAUUUGCGACUACAGCGCAAUGCUACUGGAACUUCGUCACUUUCAACACAAUUCACGAAAAGUUGAACAAUCUGAUUCUAGAUUGGCAGUCAGGAAAGACGGAUCUCGCGGAGACGGGCAAAUGCGCCCGAAACCUGUUUCUCAGAGGAGACUGGCCAAAUGAAGCCAAGGACGCCAUUCUCACCGCCUACCGUCGACUUUCGAUGACAGUCGGAGUCGAAGAUCUUGCUGUCGCUGUACGAUCCAGUGCUACAGCAGAAGAUCUUCCAGACUCGAGCUUUGCUGGGCAACAGGAGACCUUCUUGAAUGUCUCGGGUGAGCUUGCGUUGCUGAAUGCCUGCCGAAGGUGUUAUGCUUCCCUGUUCACUGACAGAGCGAUAUCCUACCGGCAAACAAGAGGUUUUGACCACAUGAAAGUCGCCUUGUCGGUGGGCAUUCAGCACAUGGUCCGAUCUGAUCUUAGUGGUUCCGGAGUCAUGUUCUCCAUCGACACUGAGAGUGGAUGCGACAAGAUCGUCCUGAUCAAUGCGGCCUGGGGCCUCGGAGAGAACAUUGUCCAAGGUGCUGUCAAUCCUGACGAGUAUCAAGUCUUCAAGCCCUUGCUCUACCACGCUGGCGUCGUUCCAAUCAUCGAGAAAAGGCUUGGGGCAAAAGAAAAGAAGAUGAUCUACAGCACGGGCGAUUCUUACACAAGAAACGUCCCGACCUCGAAAGCGGAACGGUCGCUUUUUGUGCUCAAGGACUUCGAAAUACUGCAGCUCGCUCGCUGGGCAUGUUUAAUCGAACGUCACUACGGUUGUCCAAUGGACAUAGAAUGGGCCAAGGACGGUAUCAAUGACCAACUCUUCAUCGUACAAGCUCGACCCGAGACUGUGCAUUCUGCCCGAAAAGUGGGAACAUUUAAGGAGUACAAGAUCACUGCGAAAGGCAAGACUCUGACCACAGGCUGCUCAAUUGGAGACGCAGCUAUAGCAGGUCGCGUGUGCAUGAUUGAGUCUCCCAAAGAUAUCGGCGCAUUCAUCGAGGGAUCGAUUCUGGUGACCGAAACCACAGAUCCUGACUGGGUUCCCAUCAUGGCAAAAGCAAAGGCUAUCGUGACGGACCAUGGAGGCCGGACAUCCCACGCUGCUAUUGUCAGUAGAGAACUUGGGAUCACUGCAAUAGUCGGCACGGGCAAUGCCACGUAUGUCUUACACAGUGGCCAGGACGUUACCAUUUCCUGCGCAGAAGGUGAGACAGGAUAUGUCUACGAAGGGAUAGCCAACAUUGUCUCGAAGAGCAUCGACGUGUCUAAGCUUCCAUGUACAACUACAAAGGUCAUGCUGAACCUAGCGGACCCAAGCGCAGCAAGCCGCUGGUGGCAACUGCCGUGCGAUGGCAUAGGUUUGGCGCGGAUGGAAUUCGUAGUGAGCAAUCACAUUCGCAUCCAUCCGAUGGCGCUUGUGCACAAUGAACUGAUCACAGACAAAGCUGUGGAGCGACAAAUAAACACGCUCACUGUGGGCUACAAAGACAAGUCGCAGUACUUCGUGGAUAAAUUAGCACUCGGACUCGCCCGCCUCUGCGCCCUGGCAUAUCCAAAGCCAGCAAUCAUUCGGCUGUCUGACUUCAAAACCAACGAAUAUGCAAAUCUUAUUGGCGGUUCCCACUUUGAGCCCAAGGAAGAGAACCCAAUGAUUGGCUGGCGUGGGGCUUCUCGGUACUAUUCUGAAUACAAGGACGGUUUUGCUCUGGAGUGCAAGGCUAUUAAGCAACUGCGAAAGGAGAUGGGGUUCAAAAACGCUGUGGUGAUGGUUCCAUUCUGCCGUACCGUUGGCGAAGCCAUCAAGGUGCAGAACGAGAUGAUGAAGAAUGGGCUUAAACGCGGGGAGGAUGGCCUGGAGAUCUACGUGAUGUGCGAAAUUCCAUCGAAUGUGAUACUGGCGCACGAAUUCGCGAAGCAUUUCGAUGGCUUCUCGAUAGGAUCUAAUGACCUGACACAGCUUACGCUUGGUAUUGAUCGGGACUCAGGAGAGCUCGCAUCCAUGUUCUCCGAACAGGAUGAAGCGGUUAAGUGGAUGAUUGCAAAGGCUAUAUCGAGAGCACGCAAAGCCGGACGCAAAAUUGGACUCUGCGGAGAGGCACCCAGCAACGAUCCGACGUUUGCGACCUUCCUUGUGGAGUGUGGGAUUGAUUCCAUAUCCGUUAGUCCUAGCAGCUUCCUUGCGGUGAAGCGUAACGUUGCGAAAGCGGAGGAGGAGAGCGAGCAUGCAUUUACAACAGUUUCUCGAACGUCAUCUGAGUAGGAACUAAACGCAACCAUAUUGGCCAAUUAGACAAUCGUACUUGAGUACAUCAUUCGCAAUCAUUUGACCGUGCAGGAGUUGUAACACAACCUAGGCUUUGCUUGGUUCUACUUUGCCAAAUAUUGUGUGAUCGACAUCUUUGUCGUUGGCGAAGACAAGCUCCAACCCAUCCAGAUCAUUAACGCGAAUACCAACAGGUUGUCUAAUUGACAGCGAGAGCGGAGCGGUUCCAAUAUUCAGAGAGUGGUCGCAGCGCAUUAAGCGAGUAUGUACUAAAGAAGCACUGCAAGACCUAAAGGUCAGUAGAGAACGAGUAGAAACACUUG